AUGGGUCCACCAAAUCCUGGGAAGAGGAUACAACAUGAGUGCAGACUUGAACACCACUAUCCAGAGGGAUAUUAUAAAGAUGGAGACUUCAUUAUUGGUGCUGUCUUAUCCCAGUACCUUACUUGGGAUAAGACAGAGGCAUUUAAUACCCAGCCUCCACUUGCAUACUUGUUAGAUGAAUACCCCCUAACUCGUAACUAUCAACAUGUCCUAGCCUUGGUCUAUGCCAUAGAGGAGAUUAACAGGAACCUAGGUUUGCUGCCCAACAUCACUCUAGGAUUUCACAUCCAUGAAAAUUAUUUCAAUGAACGGAAAACAUAUGAAUGUUCCUUGAGUCUGUUUUCCAAAAGGAUCAGAACAAUCCCCAACUUUGUCUGUAGGAAACGGAACAAGCUUGUCGCUGCUAUUGGAGGGCUAAAGUCCACAUCAUCCAUUCAGAUGGCAAACAUCUUAGGGAUUUACAAGAUACCACAGAUUAGCUAUGGGUCAUCAGAUGCUGUCUUUAGUGAUAAAACCCUUUUCCCAUUUUUCUAUCGGACUGUCUCAAGUGAAGCUCUCCAGACUUUUGGAAUAACCCAGGUGCUUUUGCACUUUGGUUGGACCUGGAUUGGUCUCAUAGUUUCCGAUACUGAAGAAAGUGAAAAUUUUGUCCAUAAUUUGAAGAAGGAAUUUGUUCUAAAGGGGGUAUGCAUUGAAUUCACAGAAAAGCUUUUAAAAAACCCUCCCACCAAAAUUAUGUUGAAACUGAAAGAAAAAAUAAAGGCAUCCUCCUCCAAUAUCAUUGUGGUCUAUGGAGCUACAGAUUACCUGGUCUGGGUGAAGAUAACCUUUGAAAGCUUCACAUUCCAUGGGAAAGUUCUGGUCACUACUUUCCAGUGGGACUUCCUAUCCACGGUCUCUCCAACACAUCUAGGAUUUCAUGCAUUCAAUGGUGCCUUGUCAUUUGCUCAUCAUGCAAAUGAAAUUGUUGGAUUUCGAGAUUUUCUUCAGACCAUAAGCCUCAGCAAAUACCCAGAUGAUGUUUUCAUGAAGUAUUUCUGGGGGAAUGUGUUCCACUGCUUGAUUCCAUCUCUAGAUUUGGGCAAUAUGCACCAGUUCCCAUGUACUGGACAUGAAAGGCUCCAAGAUCUGCCUAGCUUCAGUUUUGAUUUUCAGACAUUGGACUUGAGCUACAAUAUCUACAAAGCAGUUUAUGCUAUUGCACUAGCAUUGCAUAAAAUGUAUUCAUCUAGUCACAUUCAAAAACAGCUGGUGAACCAAGCAAGACCACUGGUGCACAGUAUUAAACCAUGCAAGGUGCCACAGUCAACAUGCACAAAGAGCUGCCUUCCAGGACACCAAAAACAAGCUAUAGAAGGAAAACCAGUCUGUUGUUUUGAGUGUUCUCCAUGCCCAGAAGGAACAUUUUCCAAUUACAUAGAUCAUUGUGAGAAGUGUCCGGAAGAUCAGUAUCCAAACCCUAACAAAGAAAAAUGCCUUCAGAAGCCAAUCACGUUCUUGUCCUUUCAUGAGCCUCUGGGGAUUACUUUAGUUGUCAUAACUGGUUUACUUUUUCUGAUCACAGUUUUUGUCUUAGGAACCUUUGUUAAGUAUCAAGAUACUCCCAUUGUCAAAGCCAAUAACCGGAAUCUUACCUAUAUUCUCCUCCUGUCCCUCAUGCUCUGCUUUCUUUGCCCUUUGCUUUUUAUUGGCCAGCCUGGGAAAAUAACCUGCCUACUCCAACAAAUAGCUUUUGGCAUCAUCUUCUCUGCCUCUGUCUCUUGUGUGUUGGCAAAGACUGUGACUGUGGUUCUGGCUUUCAUGGCCACCAAGCCUGGAAGUAGAAUGAGGAAAUGGGUUAAUGCAAAAGUGACUAUUGCCAUCUUUCUCUCUUGCACCCUUGUUCAAGUUGCCAUCUGUAUUGCCUGGCUUAGGUCCUCUCCCCCAUUCCCUGAUUUUGAUCUAAAAUCUGAAGCUAAGCAGAUCGUAAUGAAAUGCAAUGAAGGAGCCAUUGUCAUGUUCUACACAGUCUUAGGUUACUUGGGCUUCCUUGCAAUUGUCAGCUUCACUGUAGCUUUCCUAGCUAGGAAACUACCGGAUGUUUUCAAUGAAGCCAAGUUUAUCACUUUCAGUAUGCUGGUGUUCUGCAGCGUUUGGAUCACCUUUAUUCCCACGUACCUAAGUACCAGGGGGAAAUUCAUGGUGGCUGUAGAGAUAUUCUCUAUUUUAGCUUCCAGUACUGGUAUGCUAGGAUGCAUCUUUCUCCCCAAAAUCUACAUAAUUUUCAUGAGGCCUGAUAGGAACACAAAAGAGAAGUUACUUAAAAAAAUGAAUACUGAUGUAACACAGUUGAAAAAAUGA